GUUCGAGGUGUGAGCCAGAGGGAGAGCCGUCUCAGACCUGGUCAUAGAAAAAGCAAGAGGCAACUAAACUCCAGUGAUCAGACGGUGGUAGAAGAGCAUCAUUCUUGUCGGCAGAAGACUAGAGCCCAGAGGAAGAUGGCCCAGCACYUCCUGUGGAUUUCGCUCCUUUUUCUGCAAACCUGGCUGGAAGCAGCUGGAAAUGAUGCAGCCUUGAUGGUGGUGAAUGGAAUUCUGGGGGAGUCGGCUACUUUUCCCUUAAAUAUUCAAGAAUCAGAGCAACUCGCCAGCAUUGCGUGGACUUCUAAAACAUCUGUUGCUUUUAUGACACCAGGAGACCCAGGAACAGMACCCACAGUUGUCACGACCCACAGAAAUUAUUAUGAACGAAUAGAAGUCACAGAUCACAACUACAACCUGAUCAUUAAUGAUCUGAAGAUGGAAGAUGCAGGCGUCUACCGAGCAGACAUCAACACAAAGAACGCUCCCUACACCACCACCAAAGGCUACCACCUGCAGGUCUACCGUCGGCUUGAAAAACCAAAAAUCACGCAGAGUUUCAUGACAUCUGUGAAUCGCACCUGUAAUGUCACCCUGACGUGUUCUGUGGAGAGAGAAGAAGAGAAUGUGACAUACAGCUGGAGCCCCCUGGGAGAAGAGGGCCAUGUCCUUCAGCUCUUCCAGACCCCUCAGGACCGAGAGCUGACCUACACGUGCACCGCCUGGAACCCCGUCAGCAACAGUUCUGACUCCAUCUCCGCCCAGMAGCUCUGUGCAGACGCUGCAACCGGCUCCCGUCCYCGCCACCCCGGGAUGCUGAGCGGGCUGGCUGUGCUCUUUCUGCUGGUUCUCAUCCUGCCUUCAGUGUUUCUCCUCCGUCUGUGCAAGAGAAGGCAAGGUACUGUCUCAAAGAAAACAAUAUACUCGAGCAUCACCAUUUCAAGAGACGCUCAACCAGCAGAGGCCAGAAUCUAUGAUGAAAUCCCUCAGUGCAAGGGUACUCCCUUCAAAGAAGAGCCGGUGAACACAAUUUAUUCCACCGUGCAGUACUGUGAGAAGGUAGAGAAAACCGGCACMCAGGACAAUAGACCUCCCAGGAGACUUCAGCCUAUGAAAUUGUGAUCUAGCUGGCAGAUGGCAUUCUCCCUGGGAAACUGAGUUGCAGUCACCCAUUGUGGCAAGUGUCCUGGAUCUAGACCUUCUCUGUACAGCUCUUACUGGGAGAUUGCAAAUCACCACAUCCCAACACAUAAGCCAAGCAGGAAACCUUCUGUUGCUGAGCAUGGCUGGUACCAACAGACAAAUGGUUACUUGCCCUUUCUGACUGGCUCCCAUUCGGAUGAAUGACAGAGCAGUUUCCCAAUCUCCUUCACAUCAUGGCACGUGCAGAAAAUAAUGUUUUCUUAUGGCACUCUGUGGUUAAACMAUCAAAGUUGCUCCUGCACGUGGCUGGAAGAUUCUCUUGACYAGAGGUAACAGACCUGUCCAGCAGCUGUGAGAAGAAGGGAAUCAAUAUUUUGCACACCUGUAACAUGCCAUACGCACCAGCAAGAAUGCUCUGCUCACACUCUGUGUAUGCAAGGAACACUGGUACACGGCCCUCACCAGUUCCUAAAUCAUCUUGAGCAAAUUAGGAAAAGAUACUCUUUCCUUGGGACAGAGGGAGCCCCUCACUCAAGUGCAUGGCAUGGUACCAGCCCCCACUCGCUCCUUUGCUUGGGGACCUACGUGCAGGGCACAAGCUGUCAGAGUUUUGGCUGUUAGUCAUGAAGACACGCUCUCCAAAUGGAGUGUUAGAAAUACUCCUUCGGUAGAAACUAGGAUGUUGGAGCACUAUUCUUUGGGCUCUGUUUCAAAAGUCUUACAGGACUUUCUUUCUGGCCAAGUCUUCCUUCUGUGUCACUCUGAGCGGUGUCAGCAGGAAGAUGACACACCCAGUACCUCUGUUCUCCAACAGAAAUUAACCAGCUAUGUUUUUUGCUUUUGGUGGAAAUGGGUGCAAACCAGCCAUUCCAACAAGAAACCUUGAAGGAAGCACAGUGGUUCACUAGAGGAAACUUGGGAGUAAUGGUGCAGGUUAUGAAACUGGAUUUCACCCAGUUCCUUAUUCUCAGCUCAGAGGGGCAGGAGGUUCAAGUUGAGGUUGAGAGCCUUGCUCCAGAAUCCCCACAAACACAUGGCCAGAUGGCUAGCCAUAAGGAGGAAUCACCCCCAGCUCAGCUG